CAAUGUAUCGAGCUGAACUAUUUCAAAAAUCGAGCGUAAUCGCCCAAAGGGAUGCGCAACAAGUUAUGGAUCGAGUUCGCGAAAUGGUGAAGUGGAAGGACAACUGCAACGUGCUGGAUAUCGGUUGCGGAACGGGAAAUGUCACCCACGAUUUUCUCUUGCCAAUCUUGCCCAAGUCGACAAAGGUCGUCAUUGGUGUAGAUAAAUUCGCAGGAACCGUCGAGUACGCCAGACAGCACUACGGGCGAAGGAUUGUUUUUGAACAGAUGGACAUUGUCUAUGAUACUAUCACUAAUGGAGAAUACUACGACCAUAUUUUUUCCUUUUACUGUCUUCCGUUCAUUAAAGAGCAAGACAUUGCGCUGAAGAAUAUUUACAAGCUCCUGAAACCUGGCGGCGAUUUCAUCUUUACUUGUACCGUACAGUGUAAUUUGUUCGAAGUAGGCAACGCGAUGUCUCGUGUUGAGAAAUGGAAUCAGUACUUGGUAGACUACGAAAACUUCGUAUGCCCAUUCCAAUUUUCCUCCAAUCCAAAGGAGGAACUUGAAAAGUAUUUGCUGAACGCUGGUUUUAAUGUCGCGCACUUGACCAUUGAGGCGAAGGAAAUGAUGUUACCUUUCCAACUAUUUCCAGAGUACAUCAUUUCGCAUGCGCCUAUGGAACUGCCCAUAGAAUUUGGAGUAGCCUCCUUGGACGUUAUAAGAGAACUAAAGUCAGAUUACAUUAAUAACGAUACUGGGGAAUUCUUCCAUGUUAAAUAUCAAAUGAUCUUCGGGCAUGCAGUAAAACCAUGAUAGCUGAAAUGUCGUCGUGUCAAAAAGCUUCGAUUAUAAAAAGACAGUUAUUCUUCAUUUCACCUUCAAUUUAUUAUUUUAUUAGCCAUAUUCUAGAUCGUUUAUUUCUGUAUCAACUUAAUCUCGACCUUAACCAAAAAAAGGUGGUAUGAAAUUUAGUUCCUCCCCACGAAAUCAAAGUGUUUUGACGUUUUUCCGACGAAAUUUGUAAAUCGAUAAAGAUUUUGUUUUAUCAACUUAAUCUCGACCAUAAGAGCCAGUCACGCCCUCUCCCUAAAUCCCAUCCACCUACCUUCUGGUAUUAUUUUGCAAAUACACCAUCGAAUCAAAUCGUUUUUCCAACGAAAUUUGUAAGUAAAUGGAGCUUAACGUAUAGAAAAGUACCUAAAAGUACGUAAAGUAAAGAUAUUGCAAAAUAUUAUAAAGCUGAGAAAUAUGGGAGAAGAGAAGGUAUUCAUA